AUGGCCGACAAAACCGCCGAUGCGCCUGACCUAGAAGCCCACCCCCGAGGGGAACCACAAAAACAACGCCGGACCUUCGCACAGCGCUGGAAGCAAUCCGUCGAUACCACCUACGCAGACCUCAUUUGUCUGCUCCUAUGCCUGAACACAGGCCUCUGCGAUAGCAGCGCCUACAACGCCUGGUCCUGUUUCCUCGCCAUGCAAACGGGAAACACCAUCUUCCUCGGCCUCGGCGCCUCGGGCCAACCAUCCAGCAAACCCUGGGGCUGGCUCAAAUCGCUCACCUCGAUCGCCUCGUUCUUCGUCGGCGCGCUGAUCUUCUCCAACGUGACUCGUCGCACCGGCGCCCGCCGCCGCGGCACCCUCUUCACCUCCUUCAUGGUGCAAACCAUCCUCAUCGUCAUCGCCGUCGCGCUCAUCGAGGCCGAUCUGAUCCCGCAUACGGCCAAGGACGCGGCGCUGACGGGGGGCUCGCUCUUCCUCGAAUUGAUCCCGAUCGCGCUGCUGGCGUUCCAGUCUGCGGGGUCGAUCACGUCGAGCCGCGCGCUGGGGUAUAACGAGAUUCCGACGGUGGUGCUGACGAGUGUGUAUUUCGACGUUGCGUCUGAUCCGAAGCUGCGGGAGAAGCCGACCGCGAAUGCGAAGCGGAAUCGGAGGGUUGGAGGGGUGGUGAUGUUGCUUGUUGGGGCGAUUGCGGGCGGGUGGUUGAGUCGGAGUAGCGGGGGGAUGCAGUCUGCGCUGUGGAUGGCGGCUGGGUUCAAGUUUGUGAUUGGGGUGGGUUGGUUGUUUUGGAGGGCUGAAGAGAAGUAG